AUGACGGCCAUGCUUGUUCACCCGGGCCCCGGUCUUCAUGGUCACGAGUUCUCCAAACCGAAGGACUCGUCCUCGACACAGAACGACAGUCACAGGCCUCUACCUCUGCUCCGCUCGGCCCUGCGUCCGCUGUCGACGGACGGCCAUGCCGCUGCCAUGCGGAGCUUCUCCGACGGAACUCACAGCCUCUCCACGGCGACCCGUACCCGACCCCUGUCCGAAGUGCUACCGUCCCGGAAGGAUCUGGGCGUGAGGUUCCGGGGCACGGGCGAGAGCGACGACGGCGAGGAGGAAGGCUCCAUCUUCAGUACGGGGCCGGGCACGCGGUACGCACUGGCGCAUCCGGCCCCACUCCGGCGCACCAAGCAGCGCAUGCUGGUGCAGUUCCGUCCGCGACUGCUCCUCCAACUGCAGAGGCUGAGCCCCCACCACCGUCCCACGCCGGAGCUCGACGCCGUCCCCUCGGGUAUCAUCGCGGGGUCCAUCCUCAUCCCCAAGCUGGCCAAGCGCUUCCCCCGCAUCUUCCUGGCCAAGCCGCACGUGGGACCGGAUGACGUCCUCCUCAUGCGCAGCGAGAAAUACGAUGACGACCGGAGCAGCAACAACAACAGAAACUGCGACGACCUCGCCCACCCGAGCACCCCGCACGACGGUCUGGCCAGCCGCGAGCUUGUCGCCAUCAUCAGCCCCCUGAGCGUGAAGGAAGGGGGGGCCGACCUUGCCGAGAUCGUCACGGGCGACGGGUCCGUGUGGUCGACGUCGCGCAUGCCCAACGGGUCCUACGAGUUCAACCGCGUAGACGUGCACGGCGUCAGGACCACGGCGCGCUGGGUGCUCAGGAAGUGCAAGUCCGACCCCGACACGUCCGACAACGCGAAGAAGUGGACGUUCAGCGUCCUCGACCCUUGCACGCGUCGCCACCCGGUGAUGGGCACCCUGUCGCCGCAGGAGCUCAUCGUCUACGACUCGUACCGCACCGCCCCUUCGUACGUCGCCGAUCGAGAAGAAGAAGAAGCAGGUGAUGAUGACGAAGGCGACGACGACGACGACAACGACGAUGACGACGACGACGACGAUGACGAAGAGGAGGACGUUGACGCCAGUGGUCAGCUGAGGAAGAAGAGGAGGAAGAGGAAGAAGACGAUGGUCAUGGACCUGCCCACCACCGUGGCCGUGGCCGAAGAGUACAAGCUCCUCAUGGCAGCGACAGCCAGCUGGAUCAAUCUGCGCCUAGAGGGCUGGCCCGCGACGGCCAGUCCCAAGAUGAAGCGGGUGGCCAGCGACGCGGGGAGCACCCGGUCCGCCGACAGACGGCAGUCGUUCCCGCUCCCCGUGUCGCGGGUAUCCACCUCGCUCCCCGGUUCCAACACCGUGCCCGCCGUCUCGCGCGGUCACGGCGACUCGGCCUCGGCGUCGACCUCGACGUCGGUGACCACCUCGACGCUGCUGACGGUGACGGCGGCCGAGAAGAUGCCGCAACGGUCCAAGUCUACAGGCUCGGUGUUUACGGGACGGAGGAGGAAGCAGGCCGAGACGAGGUCUGUGCUCAUCGACGAGAGGAUAUUCCCCGACAGCGACGAUGCCGGCGCCGGCGCUAGUGCGGCUGGCGAAAUCUCACGGAAGCAGCCUCAGCAGCAUCAGCAGCCUCAGCAGCAUCAGCAGCAUCGGCAGCAUCAGCAGCAUAAGUCGCAAGCUGAGGGGUAUGGCGCUGACGAUGACGUUGAGCGGGAAGAGGAGAAGCAGGAUGGGAAAUGCCGCGACAAGAUGCGCAGGCUGACGCAGAGGUUGUUUCACCGCAAGAAGUAG